GGGUGCCGGCCCCCGCGCGCGGCCCGUCUACACUGCACGGGCGGCGCACGCGCACCGGGGCCCAUCCCACCCACCGCGCCGGGUCCCGGCCCCGCGCGCAGCCCGUCUACACUGCACGGGCGGCGCAGGCGCGCCGGGGCCUCCGCCAUGGCGACCGUGCUGUCCAGGGCGCUCAAGCUGCCGGGGAAGAAGAGCCCGGACCUCGGGGAGUACGACCCCCUGACGCAGGCAGACAGUGACGAGAGCGAGGAUGACCUGGUGCUGAACGUGCCGCAGAAGAACGGGGGGCUCAAGAACGGGAAGAGCCCACUGGGAGACGCCCCCGAGCCCGACUCGGACGCCGAGGCUGCGGGCCCCGCCAAGCCCCACCCGGCCGAGCCACCCCCGGAAGGCUUCCCCGCUGAGAACCUGGGCGAGCUCGAGCAGAAGGCCGCCUCGUCCUUCGUGGCCUACGUGCGCACGUCCGUCUUCCUGCUGACCGUGCUGGUGUCCAUGGUCCUGGUGCUGGUCUGCGCCUUCCUCAUCCCCUGCCCGCCCCGGGACCUGCACAGCACCUGGAGCCGCCGGCUGGGCGCCCAGCGGGGAGGGGACCUGUCUCCGCUGGAGCUGGCCGACGUGAACGGGGAUGGCCUGAGAGACGUGCUUCUCUCCUUCGUCACGGCCAGGAACGGGAGCGCUGGCGUCCCCCUAGGCAUCCCGAGGCCCCCUGCGGUGCUUGUGUGCCUGUCGGGGGUGAACGGCAGCACCCUGUGGUCCAGUCUCCUGCCGGAGGAGGCCCGCGACAUCACGUGCUCGGACCCGGGGCCGGGAAGCACAACCGCAGCCACCUGCCUCGUGACCGGGACACACAAGCUGCUCAGUGUGUUCAACGCGACGUCAGGGAAACCCAUCUGGACCUUAAACCCCAAACACCUGGCCAACGGCACACUGGCGGCGCCCGCUGCGGUGCUGCCGGACGUGGAUGAAGACGGCGUCCGAGACCUGCUGCUCGUGGCCACCGGGGACUCGCAGCCGGAUCUCUGCUUUCUGCUGGUGUCCGGCCGCACCGGGAGUCCUGUGGGCCGCCCCGUGAACUACAACAUCAUGGGCGUGGGCAACCUGAUCGGCCCCCAGGUCCACGUCACCAGCAACGGGGCCGUCUACGUCCUGUUCGGCUUCGGAAGUAUCCAAGCGGUCGCCCUGCGGGACAUUUUUGUUCAGGCCCAGAAUCGAGACAGCGCGCCCGCCUCGCUGCAGGUGGAGGAGCCCGAGUGGGAGAAGAAGCGGAGAUCCGUCAACCUGUCCGACCUCAUUGACGUCUGCAGUGACGGCGUGGAGCUGCUGCAGAUGGUGAAGGCCCCGGACUCCAAUGGCAGCGACCUGCUCAUCACCACCAGGCAGGGCCUCACCCUGCUGCACGGGCAGAACCUCACGCCCCACUGGACGCUGCAACUCCAGGGCCUGUUCAGCCAGCCCACACCUGGGUAUUUCACCGAUGACCAGACGCUGGACUUCCUUCUGCAGGUCCAGGAUGGCCCCGGGAUGAAAAAGAUGCUGGUGGUGGACGGGGACUCGGGCUCCGAGGUGUGGAACGCCAGCGUCCCGUGCCACCUGAGGGAGUGCCCGACCACGUCGGCCGUCACGUCAGACCGGAAGUCCGUCUUCCUCUUCUGGGCGCAGGCGCUGCCGGCUGCGGGCACCCCACCGACGGCCGAGCCCCCCGCCCUUUAUCACCUUUACCUCCUGCAUCCCACAUUCCCUUCGAUCCUCCUGGAUCUGGCCAACGCCACAGGCACCGUGACGGCGUCGAAGGUUGGCAUCAACGACCUCUGGAAAGAUGCCUUCUACGUCACCAGGAGCACAGGGCCCCACGCCGAGGCCCGCCCGGCGGCCCUGCUGGUCAGCAAGCUCAGCCUGCGGUGGGCGCUGAUGGAGGCCCAGGCGGUGGCCCUGCGGGAGGCGGGCCCCAGGGUGGGCCGGGGCGAGCUGCGGCGGUUCCUGUCCAGGAUCAAGUUCGUGGACUCUCCCUACCAGGUCUAGUCCGGUGGGUGACGUGUCCCACGAGACAGAGCGGUGGCAUCUCCUGUCGGCGUGCAGUCUGUCCCGAGGCAUGAAGGAAGGUGCUGGGGCCUCGCUUCCUCCUCUGUGUGACCCCCGAGCGUUCCCGGGUGGACGGCGCCCCCCACUCCCCGAGCCCGCCCCUCAGGCCUUCCGGCGGAGUUUGCAAAGGUGGAUUCUCCCUUCCCCUCUGCUCUCUCUGGGAAGCCGCCGGGAAGCGAUGAGUGUCUUGCCACGGGGGGGUGAGCCGCCUUGGAGAUGAUGGCCCAGGCGUGGGGUCCCCGUGUGCUGCCCUCCUAGUCUGGGGACUCCAGCCUGGGGCAGGGUCCCCCCGCCCGCCCUUGCCGCAGGGAGCAGACGGGGAGCUGGAGUGUCGCCAGCCCCACGUACCCUCGAGUCCUGGGGGACCCUGCAGACAGGGACGAAGGACAGGAGUCAGCGGCCUGCCCAUGGCCAGCCCCUGCUCCGAGGGGUCCUGCUGUCUGGGUCACUCAGUGCAGAAGGGCCUGAGUCCGGCGCCGUCCCCCCGAGGGCCCCUGCCACCUUCUCUCUGCUUCGUGUGUGUGUCUGCGGGGCCUGUGCUUUUCUGCCUGAGUGCUGGCGUGGGGUCCGGGCUCCCCCUGGCACCCCACAUCCCCUCCCUGCCCUCCCUCCCCACUCUCCCUCCGAAGCAUUGGUUUUUGAAAAACUUCCUCUGUAAAUACCGUCCCUUUUGUAACGGGUUAAGUUCUUGGGCACCCCCAGGGGGUCCUUCUCCCCUUCCUGCACCCGCGGUCGCCUGAGCUCUCGGCUGCACUUCAGGUCAGCGCUGAUGCGGCCGGGAGCCAAGGCUGGCAGGCGGAGGGCAGCUUUGCUUCUCGUUUGUAGGUCAUCCCCGCUGCCACUCAGGGUCUCUCCCUCCCCUCUCCUCUGUCUCUGUCUCUGUCUCUCUUCUCUGUCUCUGUCUCUCUCUCUCCUCUCUGUCUCUGUCUCUCUCCUCUCUCCUCUGUCUCUCUCUCCUCUCUCUCUCCUCUGUCUCUGUCUCUUUCCUCUCUCUCUCCUCUGUCUCUGUCUCUCUCCUCUCUCUCUCCUCUGUCUCUGUCUCUCUCCCUCUCUCUGCAUUAAUAAAGGGAUUCUGGAGAAAUCUAGAGAUUCCAGAAAGCUGAGGGUCCCAGGCAGAAAGGGGGUGUUUGCCCUCAGUCACCGGUAACAGGAAAUGGCCUCAGGAGGCCCCGUGAGAGGCUGAGGCUUGACCCGUAGGACUGACCUUCUAGGGGCUGCCCCCUCGCCCCCGGCCUUCAUUUCCGGCCUUUUGGAAGCUUUGGUGGGUUCAACUUUUGUGGUAGCUUUAGGGGGGCCAAGGGUGGGCUGAGGUCAGGCUCCCUUUACAGGGGGGCGGGGGCAGGGCAGCCUCAGGUCCAACCCGGCCUGGUAGAGUUUUCCAGGGGCUGAUUUGUGUGUAACCCCGCAAUGUGGGUGCACGCCGGGCUCUGCCAUGUCUGCGGCCAAGCCACAGGACAGGAGGCCGCAGGGGCCUGCAGGGGGCUGAGACCUGGUCUCUAGCUGCACCCUGGGAGGUGUCCGCUGUCGGCCUCUCUCGGCUUCUCUUGGCUGGAGCCACCUGCAAGGUGGUUUCUGAGGGCCGGGUUUGGGCGACCUGUUUCAGGGCAGAAAACUAUUUUUGCUGGAUGAGUCCCAGAAAUUCUGAAAGGGACAUUAAGGGGAAGUGCCGUGACCCCUCGUAGCUCACGGUACACGCAAACCCGCCUCCGUGGGGUUCUGUCCUCACGACACCCACAGCCAGCUCGAGCUCUGCAGUCCCCUGGCGCGGCCAGGACAGCGGUCACUGGGGCUCCCUGUGUGAUGUGCCCCUGAGCCGGUGGGUCACCCUGCGUCUCAGCCAGGAGCGCCAGCCCCGGCCCCCCAGAACAGCAGCGACGGUCCUUGCCCUGCGCCCCCACCCCUGGUGUGAAUGUGAAUGCUGGCCCUUGGGGACACCAGCCCGCUGCUGGGGCGUGGGCAGGGAGCACCACUCGAAAUGUGAAUUGUUCCAGAACAAAUAAAAGACUCCACAAAGGAGCCCUACA